GUGCACCUUGUCUCUGAGCAUACUUGGUGCGAAGAAUAUCUGGUACGUUCCUUCUACUUGAAGAAUCUGGCAACUUCUGAGACGCGCACUGUGACGCAGUUCCAUUACUUAAACUGGCCUGAAGAGACGAGCCAAUCCAAGGAUGCCGUAUGUCCUGUGCUCGAGUUUCGUAGGUCAGUCAAUCAGACCAAAUUUCUAAGCCUACUUUGA